UGUGUAAUUUUCUCUUUAAUUUAAGAUACACGCAUGUUUGGUCGCAUGUUGUGUUUUCAAGAAUCAAACCGGUGGCAGGACGUGCUCACCCUUGCAGCGGAAUAACGGUGUACUUCCGUCGGGCUGUGUUGAUAACGAUGCAGUUCAUGCUUCUAUUCAGUCGACAAGGCAAGCUCAGGCUUCAGAAGUGGUACGUGCCUUUGUCUGAUAAGGAGAAAAAGAAAAUCACCAGAGAGUUGGUGCAGACAGUCCUGGCUCGGAAACCCAAAAUGUGCAGCUUUCUGGAGUGGAGAGACCUGAAGAUUGUGUAUAAGAGAUAUGCCAGCUUGUACUUCUGCUGUGCCAUAGAGGACCAGGACAAUGAGCUCAUCACCCUGGAGAUCAUCCACAGAUAUGUGGAGCUGCUGGAUAAAUACUUUGGCAGCGUAUGUGAGCUGGACAUUAUUUUCAACUUUGAGAAGGCCUACUUCAUUCUGGAUGAAUUCUUGCUGGGAGGCGAAGCUCAGGAGACGUCCAAAAAGAAUGUACUGAAGGCCAUCGAGCAGGCCGACCUGCUACAGGAGGAUGCCAAAGAAGCAGAGACCCCUCGCAGCGUUCUGGAGGAAAUUGGACUGACAUAAACACUGUCCUCAUCAGCAUCCACUCGCCACACACUCCUUCAUCUGCCAGCUACUGUGCUGUAUGUAGCUGAUAACCACUCACAUUCACCACUGAGCACACACACACACACAUACAUCACACACACACACACACACACACACACACACACACACCGACGUGGUUUUCCUGUUCGUCUGCAGUGGUGGAAAAAAGUUUUUGGACCUCCUUAGAAUUUUAUACGAUCUCAAAUAAUAUUAGGAAAUAUUUGUGGAAAAAUUUGUGUUUCAAAAGGUGUGUCUGCAUUAGAUAGACACAAACUGAUAAUUUUUUUGUUUAUUGCUAACAAGAAAAAUUAACAAAACUAAAUUCUACCAAAAUGACCCAAUACUCAGAAUUUCUUAUUUUUAUGGAACCAAUAAAUUUAAAGUUUUUAAUGGCUUUUUUUUAAGGGUUUGUUUAGUAUUAUGACUGUGAUUGUACUAAAAGAAAUUACACUUGAAGAGUGAACCAAAAAGUUAUUCUUAACCUUGUAAAACCCACUGUUGCAAAAAUACAACAGCUUAUUUUUUUUAAUUAUUGUCUAUUAUUAUUAUUUAUAUAUAUAUAUAUAUAUAUAUAUAUAUAUAUAUAUAUAUAUAUAUAUAUAUAUAUAUAUAUAUAUAUAUGUAUAGUGUGUAUGUGUGUGUGUGUGUGUGUGUACAUGUUUAUCUAUACCGGUGGGGACUUGGUGGGGACUUUGACCUGACUCCACGCUAUCUCGGUGGGGACUUGCGUCAUGGUGGGGACCAAAAAUGAGGUCCCCACGGGGGGAAACAGUGUUUUGUUGUUGUUACUGAAAAAAGUAAAAGUGCAAAAAAGUUUCUUUAGGGUUACCAUUGUUUUGGUGUUGGUUAAGGUUAGGGUUAGGGUAAGGGUUAGGGGUUAGGUAUGAAUGGGAGUCAAUGGUAAGUCCCCACGGGGAUAUAAGAAACAGACGUGUGUGUGUGUGUGUGUGUGUGUGUAUACUAUAAACUUUUUUUUAUUUUUUUGCUCAUUUUUUUCCAUAUUUGGGUCUUACAGGGUUAAUGCAUGGGGUGUCCAAAAACUUUUUUUCACCACUGUAUGUUCCACAGCUCUUUUUUCUACUUUUUUAAAAGAUGAUGUAGCACUGUUUGUGUAUUUCCUGCUGAGUUACUCAUGUGUUCAGUGUGGUGUCAAACAUAACUGCAGCAUAAUUAAGCUUUAUGCUGUACUGAGUGGCUUUCUGUUUGAUUUUGAUUUGACCAAAACUGAUGUGAUCACUUUAUUCUGUGAAGUAAAGUUCUAAAUCUCAAAUAUGUUAUUCUAACCUAGAGAAUAGGCUAUAUUAUAUCACAAAGGGAAGUCAAAAGUAUUACAUUAACAGAACCAAAGAGUUGUUCCGUCUCAUAUUUGUAUCUUUAACACAUUGCAUUGUGGAACUUUUUUGUCAUUUAUUAUGUACCCACUGUGCUGACACUGUAAUGCACCACUGCAGUCUAACUUGACGCUGCAGUGGCUUAAAAACACAAAGUGUUUUUUAAAAUGAGGAUUCUCUCAGUUUACAGGCCAUUAUCACUCCUAUAGUCUGACUGUUUGGUCUAUUAGUUUCUAAUGACAGAUCCUACUCAAUGUUGAAUGCCUUAAUCACUGAUUGAUGUCCAUAUCUGAAAAUAGAGAAUAUAUUAAUAAUGCACAAGAGAAGCACUUGCAUGCCACUGCGAUGUAGCAGGUAUAUACACUGAUAUGAUUUUAUUAAUGUGCAAGAAUGUUUUUCUUCAUGUUUACUACUGUGAUUCUCUUUUAUUUAUUUUAUGAAAGCAUUUUACUUGGCAAAAGCUGCAACAAACAAUUGAUGUCACCUGACAGAAAUAAUUAGUAUGUAAAUACUCAAUCUAGGACACAGGAUUAUUAAACUUAAAGCGGAAAUGAUCUAUUUUUGGGCACAAGGUUGUAAAAUAACAGGUGUCAAACAUUUUCAUCCUGUCAGAAUCGUGUAGAUAUGAAUUGUGGGCAUAGAUUUCAGGGUAUAAAUCCCCAUUGUUCUCCCUGAUAAAGAUAUAUAGGAAGCAGAAGACUUUUAUUUUGAAAAAACUGCUGUAAAAUUGCUAUUAGAUGCAGCAAGGCCUCAAACAGGGUCCUUUUUACUCUCAGAAUAUGAAUUAUGAGCUCAUACAAUGACUAAAUUAAUUGUGUGUAAUUAAUUUGUGUUUUAUUUCACAUAAAUACAUAGAUUUUGACCAUAAAUUGAUGCAGUGAAAUAAGGAAUUUAAAAUUCCCCUCAAAUUCAAAUGAAACAUGAUACAAGCUCUUUGUCUUUUUUUAGCUUUGUUUGUGGUCUUGUCCACUUGGACACGUGUUUUAUUUGAAACUGUUGUGUUUUUUAUAGGUGUUUUGGCCUUUCAUCCACAUGAAAACGCACAUUAAAAGGGACCUUUUGAAAAACUUCUUUCAGGAUUAGGAUUUUAGAAAUUCUGUUGGCAGUGUUUACAUGUAGGAAGGGACUUUUGGACGUUUUGGAGUUUAAGCUACUUUGUUUACUACACAAAUUCUAUACGAUUUUGUUCAGAGGUGCAUGUGGUCAAAUUAUUGCUGGUGCUAACCUUGCUAACAUGAAUUUUUAAUGUUUACACAUAAUUGUACAGUUGUUCUUCCAAUAUAUGAGGGAACAGACGCAUCUGAAGCAGCAACCAUUGUUGGACCACUGUUUACAGCCUUCUGGUUGGCCACCGUGGCUUCAGGUUUACAGCUAUAGCGCCACAUUUUGCUUGUUCAGCUCUCCACAGGGCUUCAGUUGUGCUUGUUGCGUUUUCAUGUGGACGGAGGUUUUUGUGACGUGUACAAGUGGACUGGGCAUAAUUUGCCACAAUGCUUAGUUGCAUUCGAAGUAGGAAUAAUAUCUGAUUUUUCGGGGCUGAUACCAGUACAGAUGAAUAAUAAUCGAGGAGAACGAUAUUUAGAACAAUAUACAUUUGCAGUAAAAGUCGAAUAGCUGGUGUCAAAAUUUUAAAUAAUGUAAACUCCAACACAAAACUUUGUUGGAAUGACUUUGUUUUUUUACAUUUAAAAUGUGUUAAUUUAUAACAGAACUUUUCAAUAUUUAGUUUUCAUACUUUAGAGGAUAUUGCCUGUGACACAUCACCAAUCAAAUAGUGUUCAAGAGCACAGAGAGGUAGCUGCAGAUAGAGGCAAAUACAGCACAUUUUUCAACUAAUUUGUUAUAUUUGGAAUUUAAUUUUCUUUUAAAAGAGAUGUGUAAAUUUGAAAAAAUGCUAAAAAUCGCACCUGAUAAUUGACCUGGCCAGUUAUCGUUUGAUCUUUACUACAGAGUUCAUCACAGUUUGGUUAUAAAUAUCGCUGUUAGAAAACGGGAACAGUGAGAGCAGCAACUAUACAGUAAAAUUAUGGCAUGCUAAAUAUGGCUAAGACCUACAGAAUAUUAAGUUUCUAACAAACAGUGAUCUCUGCUCAUAUCAAAGCACUGAUUAUCAGAGGUUAAUUUUACAUUAUAUGUAAUUUAGUGCGAUUUGAAAAAUUAGAUGAAUAAAAUGGGGGUUUAAGCUAUUAAUCACAGUUGCCCUCUUUUACUACACUCUGUAAUAAAUGAUAUUAAGUAGCAAAUCUGUGCUAAUCAUGCAGAACAAUGACCAUCUGAGCUUGGGAAUCCCCCACUUUCCACACUGUUUACAGAUGUUUUUAAUUAUUUUAUCUGUUUUGAUGAAGACUGCUUGAGGGACAUCUCCCUACUGCCAUGCUGUUUCACCUGUUCCAGCUCCACCACUUUACGCAGCAUGUCAUUCACCGUAAAACCGGUUGAAAACUGCUCUGUCACAGCCGUUUCACUGUCCAUCCCACGCUGCUAGUUACUCAGUAUAAAAUCCCAUAGCCUCUCUGGCCUGUGAAGCCUCCUGUAACACACUGUACAGCAUGUAAACUACCUAUUUACUACUGUGACUGGAAAAAAAAAAAAGUGACCGGAUUAUAAAAUAGCAAUAGUGUCAUGAAUCCUUGAAGAAUAUUAAGAUUUUUUUAUGUACCAAAACAGUCAUUUACACCCACUAAGAUGGGGAAAAAAAAUUCCACACUUAUAUACACAUUAAAUGCCUUGGACACUGGACUGUACAAAUAGAUAAACUCCCAUCCGAUCUGCAUUUCAUGUUUUCUUGCACUGUUCGUUUGAAUGAUAUUCACAUUUUCCAUUUUGAAACUUCUUCUAUAAGUCACAACUGUUUUACAUGUUGAAAUAUUUAAAUCUUUUCUAUAACUUCAGAGGAGCAUUUUCAUAUAUACUUGACUUUGUGUGUGGUUUACUGUAUCUCUACAGGUGUGACUGAUAGAAUCUAUUCUAUAUUGUGUAUUUAGUGAACUAUACAGUAGCUACAGCAUGAGUGCAGCAGAACCUGUGUAUUACCUUACUGGAUUUGUGUUUACUGUUAUCAGCAUCUGCAAUGGACAUAAGAGGAAGGCCAUGUUUUCUUGUCGAGUUCAGCAAUAAAGAGCACUCCAGGGGCAGAGAGACUGUCAUAAA